AUGUGUGUCUCUGGAUGUGGGGAAGUGGAGACUACUCAAUAUCUGAUGGUUUCUUGCCCCAUUUUCAGAGAGUUAUGGUCUCAUGUUCGUGCUUGGGUUGGUAUUUGUGGGGCUGAUCCGCUUUAUGUUUCAGAUCAUUUUCUGCAGUUCACUUAUUUGGCAGGUGGGGCAAAAUCAAGACACUCCUUUAUGCAACUUUUGUGGUUAUUAUAUGUGUGGGUGUUGUGGACCGUCCGUAAUAAUAGUCAGUUUAACAACACCGAAAUUUCUAUCAAUCAGAUGGUUGACAAAGUUAAGAUGCAUUCUUACUGGUGGAUGAAGGCGGCUAAUGCAGUUUUUGUUUUAGCUGUUCAUACUUGGUUAUCUUGCCCGCUCCUUUGUUUGGGUAUAGGAUAG